UAUGUGGUAAUGGCAUUACGUGUCGAAUGGUGGGGUAACUCAGCUCCCACGAUAUAUUCCUGUUAUAUAUGAUAGGAUCACCCCGACAUAUGUCGAGUGUUUACAUACGCCGUCUGUCGUAGACAGCGGGUGGUCUGCUGCUGACGUCUGUCCAUCCGCCAGUGUAUGUACAUACACUUAAUACGUUUUUCAAGUUCCCGGGUGACGAGGACAACGACGACGACGACGACAACGGCAAAUCGAGUUAGGUGAAUUCGGUAGAAAAACACGACAUUAUAAAACGACAGGAGCAAAAUCUAUCGCAGAGUCGCGCGAUCACGAUUGACUACGACAAUGGGUAGCUACGCGAGUAGGAUCGCAUCGAUGUCGAAUCUAGCUGUGCACAAUGUGUAUCGGGGCUGCAAGCGCAAAUAUAUCGAGGAAUAUGAUUACGAUUCCGAAUCCGAUUACAUCGAGCGGACAUUGCACACACCGAAAAAGAGAAAAUUGUUGACAACGGCGCAAUACAUAUACAAGACCUUAUUUCAAGAGGAGAAAGGCAGUGACAUAACUGUCCUCAUACUCGGACGCGCAUGGAGAUUACACAAAGUUUAUAUUAGUCAGAGUCCAUAUUUUGCUAGUAUGUUUUCUGGUUCUUGGAGAGAGGCUAAUGAAAAAGUUAUCAAUGUUGAAAUCACGGAUCCUAAUAUUACAACAAAUUCAUUGUCUGUGGUAUUAGGUUCAUUAUAUCAAGACGAAGUCAGUUUGGAACCAAAGGAGGUUGUUUCUAUUCUGGCAACAGCUACACUGUUUCAAUUACAAGGCUUAAUAGACGAGUGUGUAGACAUAAUGAUAGAAACUACAAAUAGUGAGACUGUUGUAUCAUAUUAUAAUGCAGCUGUAUCGUAUGGUGUACCUACUGUGAAAGCAGCUGCAAAACGAUGGCUGGAAGUUAAUCUAUUGGGUUAUGGAUGGCGACAUCCAUCCUUUCUGAAGGAAAUUCCACCAAACUUGAUGACAGAAUUAGUUGCCAGUCCUUCUUUAGUUGUUCUUCAAACUGAAUUUUGCAUAUAUAUGAUGUUGCGCCUAUGGUUGUUUGCACACAUUCAUAAUUAUGAGGAAACAGUAAUAAUUGAUGAAUAUUUUAAAAAUCACAAAUGGACGGAACCGUUUUUAACAACUGAAGAUGGCAAAGCAUAUGCAGCACCUUUUAAGGCACUAAGAAUGAAAUAUUUGCUGUUACACGAACAAGAUGACAAGAUCUUAUACACUGAUAGUUUGAUACCACCAGAUUGGCUAUACAAUGCUUACAGAGAACAAUGGCUUCACUUGUUGAGAGUGGAUGGAAGUAAAGACAGAGGUCCAGUACAAAUGACAGAAGAAGAAUUUUCCAAAGAAUGCUUUCGGUGUGGUAGAUGUGUCGAGAAACCAGGUGAACACAUUUGGAGAUGGAAGGCAUUCCACUAUGGAUUAGAUUUAUUAAUGACUUUAGAUACAACCAGUUUGCGUAUUGAGAGAAAUCACAGAAUAGAUUGUGAGCAUAUCAAGGCAAAUCAUAAAGAGCAUAAAAUCCUGAUAAAAGUCUGUUUAUUCUCAUUGAAUGAACAACGUCAGGUGAAACACGUCCAAGAGUCGGAUAUGCUCAGAUUACGUUUGAGAAGAAACGCAGAACAUGAGAUAUUGAUCCUGGAUAAACAACUAUGUUAUCCUUUGUAUAUAUCGGUUAAUAUGCAACUAGUCACUCCACUCACAUUAGGAGAAGAAAACACAUCGAAUGAUAUAUUCUCAGAUACUUAGUAUUUCGAGAAUGGAACAUUUUAUGAACAUGUAAAGAUAAAAGAAAUGGGAUCCAAUUAACAUUUUGUAAUAUAUUCUAUUUAAUUACAAAUGUUAGACCGAGUUCAUAGGCACACGUUAUUAUUUGGCACAACAUUUAAAUAGAAAGAAAUAUGGAUCUCUGAGAUCAAAUUCUUUCCUUCAUAGAGAUACACAAGAUCCAUUUCUAUCACAUUCAUUUUUUAGUGACAAAUUCUUUAGUCAAUUUUUUUCAAUAAAAAUGUUCUGUAGUUUUUUUUUUUUUAUAGUUGUCUCAUCGGCAAGUAAUAGAUUAUUCAGUUUGCAACAAAUAGAUUGCAAACAAUUGGUAAAACAAUUACAAUAAUUUCAAUUAAAAUAGCAAAAA